CACCAACUGUUCUGAGCUUUCCAAUUUGGCCGUUAUUAAUCAAAAAGCUAUGAGACAGCUUACUUUCAACCUGGCAUUAACUUUGUUCACAGUUGCUAUGUGUAACCCCAUCGUCAAUGUGAAUAUCGAGGACAAGUGCUGUGACGGUUUUGACAUGAAGAAAAUUGCUGAUGUCGUCUGCAAUAGCAACUGCGCGUGCACAAAUGACCAGAGACAACAAACCAUGCUGGAAUUUUGCCAAGCACAUGGCCAUACCAUACCUUGUGCGGGUACUGGCAGAAGUCAACCAGUCGUUUAGAAUCUGGAAGCAAAAAUGCCUUGUGCUUGAAGAUUGAACUGCUAC